AUCUUCUUCAUUCGCACGGCGAAAUUCACCCUUUUCUUCGGGAACAUCUUCGUCAUCCCAAUUAUCAUGAUUGAGAUCCUUAUCGGGGCGACGUUUCAGAUUUGCCAUUAUCCAACAACUGAGAUUGCAAUGCAAUUGCGGGGAGAGCGCAGGCAGAGGAGCUGAGAUUUCGGGGAUUCCGCCAGUCGCAAAUACUCCAUGAGCAGUCAAAAUCGGUUUCAUUUUCACGACCGGAAAGUGGGAGCUCAUCAAUCAUGUUUAUGUGCCAGAGAGAUUCCUUCCUACAAGAGUUGGACACCGAAAUCGUCCAAAUUGACCAAAUGAUUGAUUUGGAUUCACUGACAAACUCUUUGUCAUUAAAUCCCAAGUUGUUUCAAGAAGACAAGAGUUUGUUUAAAGUUGUUCUUGCCGACACCGUAUUCUUUCCGGAAGGAGGUGGUCAGCCGGACGACCAUGGCGUAAUAACGAAGAAGGCUGAGUCACAAGAGAACAUUGUUGUGGAAGGGUCCGUCAUCCGUGUAAUUCGAAAUGGAACGGUUGCAGAACAUUAUGUCGCUUUGGCAAAAGGAGGGGAAAACGGGGGAUUGUCAAAGGGUGACAAGGUAACGACAAAAAUCGACUGGGGACGUAGAUUCGAUCAUAUGCAACAGCAUUCUGGUCAGCAUCUAAUUACGGCCGUGGCUGAUGUAAAAUUUGGAUUUCCAACGACAUCAUGGUGGCUUGGGAGCGAGGAGAGCUAUAUUGAAAUGGACACAAAAGAAAUCACUCCAGAACAAAUCCGUGCCAUUGAAGACGAAGUAAAUGCAAGGAUACGCGAAAAUGUUCCAGUAUAUGUGGACGUUGUUUCUUUAGAUGAUCCAAAAUUACAAACUGCUCGAGGGCGAAAUCUGCCGGAAGAUGUGAAGGGAAAUAUCCGUAUAGUUUCAAUGGCUGGGAUUGAAUCCAAUGUCUGCUGCGGGACCCAUGUGAGCAAUUUAUCGCAGUUGCAGGUCAUAAAAUUAUUGUGCGUCGUAAAAAAGAAAGGGAAAUGUUUGCUGCAUUUUCUCGCUGGAAGUCGAGUCAUCGAUAGGUUUACAACAAUGUUUCAGACGGAGCAAAAAUUGACCGAUAUUUUAAGUUCAUCCCCCGGUCAACUACCGAGUGCUGGAGAAAAAUUAAACUUGACGUUGAAAAAUACUCGAAAGAGUUGUCAAUGCUUAUCCAAGGAUUUAGCAGUAUUAAUUGCAACAACGUUCAAAGAAAAAUACUCGAGUGGGGUAGAAAAUGGCAACAAAUUGUGGAUGCAUCACAGGGAUUUUGUCGAUCUUGAUUUUGGAAUGGCAUUGCUCAGAGAAAUUGGCGACGCAAAAAAGUCGGCAAUUAUUCUCGUCACCCUAAAGACUGAAGGCACCUUUGGAUACUUCCUCCUCACCGGAGACGAGAAGGUCAUUCCCAAAGCGAAAAUUAUUGAAAUCGGGGAAGAACUCUGUAAAAUCUUAGAUGGGAAAGGCUCUUAUCAAAAAGGAAAUAUCUACCAGGCGAAGGUGAACAAGAUUAAUGGAUUAGUUAAGGCUCAAAAGCUUGCUCAGCAAUUAGUGGACAAACUAUUUGAUAAAGUUGAAAACUAGUCAAAUUUUCUAAAUUUUCAACCUCUUCUGAUUAUUUAUUUAAGUAGAAAAUUUUCUAAUCAUUAGUCAUUUAUCCUGUUUCAACAUAUUCAUAUUUUCAAUUCUGAUAAUAAAUUUGUGGCAAGAAUGGAA